AUGGAACGACCAGAAUCCUGCAAAGACUUUUUUGACGUCAUACAGGACCGUAACUCCGCAGGAAACCCAUUGUCAGAAGAUGAAGUGAGACGAUACUUCACUCAGAUCUUGGAAGCUAACAUCAAAUGCGAAGAAAAAGGUGUUGUACACCGCGACCUCAAGCCUGAAAAUAUCUUGCUGGAUUUGACAAAUGAUGAAGUGAAGUUGAUUGACUUUGGGUUGGCAUCUGAGAUACAAGAAGAGCCUUUUGAAAGCUUUAGAGGUACGAAUCAAUAUAUGCCCCCUGAAUUCAUGAAAACAAUCUUAUCCUGUCUCCCCUCCCUUGUUACAGCUGAGAGAAAGAGAAAUCCCGGCUGA